UAUUCCGCGACAAUUACAACCUAAACAGAAAACUCCUCGCGCGGGCAGUAGGAGCUCUCUACUUGGUUAUAAAGAGUAUGAAAACAUGGAAACCGUGCUGCAGCCCGACCUGGUCCGCCUGCUUAAAGAUGAGCAUCUGUUAGCGGAAAGCUGCGAUGAAGACCGCUCGACAGGAGACACACAGGAGCCGAGGAGAAGUGAAGAUGAGGAGGAGAGUCCGUUCAACUUCAGCCCGCAGCUCAUCCGCCUGCACAAGGACCACGAGCUCUUUGAGGACGGGGACGUUCACAGACACAUGUACCUGCAGGACCUCUACGUCUCAGAGGAGGCAGACGACAAGCCCACACCCAGUGUGUCAGAGUUUGCCUGCCACAUUUCUGGCUGCAGUGCGGUCUUCAGCAGUUUGGAGGAGUAUGAGCACCACUACAACUCCCUGCACAGACACGUGUGCUGCUCCUGCCGUCGCUCCCUGCCGAGCGCCCGGCUGCUAGACAUUCACCUUCAGGAGUGGCACGACUCCCUCUUCACCAUCCUCGCCCAGAGGCAAGAUAUGUACCAGUGUUUGGUGGAGGGCUGUGGACAGACGUUCAGGACUAGCAAACACAGGAAGGACCACCUAAUAAGAAUUCACAAGUAUCCUCCAGACUUCAGAUUUGACAAAACCAAGAAGGACAGAGGAACCCGGCAGACGAAGAGACAGCAGCAGAAAGACACGGCCAUGGAGGUUGUGGACGAUGCGUGUGAGUCUGAGGGUGCGUGUGAUGUGCUGUCCGAUCAACCUGAGCAAGGAGAAUCCAUGGAGACGCAUGUGUGUGAGGAAGAAGCUGCUCGCAUGGCAAAGCCUGCCUCUGCUGAGGAGCACGCCGAUCUUUCUGCUGCAGCUCACAGCACGGAGAACACAAGCACCGAUCCGCUAAAACCACGGUACUCCUACAGGAUUCCCACAACGGUGUGCUUCGGUCACGGCUCCGUCCGAGGCUUCAGAGGGAGGCGGGGAAGGAGGAAAUGAAACACCAGCAUUCUGCAUUCAGUCCUUUUUUAGAUAAAUAACUUCAUACCCUUGUCUUGUGACAGAAUGUGUUAAAUGUCAUAUGUGUCAUUGACUUGAAAUAAAAUGUGAUGCACAUAAAUAAUCGUUCAGGUGAUCAGCCCACAGUGGCUCAAGGAAAUCCUUAAAUGACAAGUGAUGUGGAUGUUUUUGGAAGAGAAAAAUAAGACUGAUGUCAGAAUUUACAUAAUAGAUUUUUAAUAAUUGUACAAAACAUCUUUUCACCCAUCAGAUAUAAAAUACACUGUACAUUGAUGACUGACAUGUCUUUCAGCCAUGUUCAUCAUUUAGAGUGUUUGCAAAAAUAGCUGAUAACGUUUAUUUACAUUUAGUAAUGAAACUGGCUCUUAAGAGCUCUUUGAACAUCUGUGCAAAAAAAGUUAUCUUUUUGAGGUAAUGUAAAAAACAUAUAUACAAUUUUUAAUUGACAAUAGUAAAGCAGAUUUAUUUGAUAGCUGGUUUGUAUUUUUGAACCUGGUAAAAUUAUUAAGAAGUUAGAAACAAACAGAAAUUGUGUGGUUUAGAUAUUAUUAUAAUAGUAAAUUUACCUUCAAAGAUCUCAUGGCUCACGUUUAACAUGAAGAAAAGUCACUGUGGAAUAUAUAAUAGCUCCAUGUUAACAGGACAUUUCCAAAACAUUUUUUUUUUUAUACAGACGCUUGAUUUAAUUAAAACUGUGAUAAAGGCACUAAUGGGCACUUCAAUGAUGGUUCUUGUUAUUGAUUAUGAGCUAUUGAAGAUGAUCCACAUAUUAUUAUAUUGUGCUGGUUCUUUUCUUUUGAAUUUCCUCUUUAGUCUCCAUGAUACCAAUCAGACUUGUUUGGUAACGUUUUCCUUCCACCUUCAGCU